CCAAUAUAGUUCAGUGGUAGCUACAAGCACAGAGGAGAGGUCAAUAAACGAUGGUUUUGGAGGCCUCAGCGAGGCGGAAAAUCAGAUACAGUGCUAUAAGUGCUUUCUUGGGGAUAACUGCUUAUACGAGGUUGAAGUUGGAGGAAACGCAUAUACUUAAGACGACACCUUUGUUGAGUAGCUAUGUGAGUGGUUACUUCACUUCGUUGUCGUCAAUACCAAUUUUCAAUUUGAAGAUUUUAAAUUUUAUCUUGAUAAGUUUAUUUAUAACGGUUAAAUUUAUGAAAUGGGCAAUAUUUGGUAAGUUAUCCAGUAAUGAGAUAAAGAAUUUGAAAGAGAAGGUAAAUUAUACGCUAUGGGAGUUUUUCUUUGGAUUUAUUAUAUUUUAUCAUAAUAACACUCGAUUGGUAUCGAAUUCUGAUUUUAUCAUCCAGGAUGAGCUUAUUAAGUUUGGUGGGUUAUUUUUGGUUGUUUUAUUAUUGAAAUGUUUCCAUUACUUAAGUGUUUAUAGAGCAUUUUCAAUAUUUUAUAUUAAUCGAACCAAACCUAAAAUUUUACCUUUUAUAAGGUUUGCAACUGGGUUAAUCUUACUAAAUUUGAUUGAUGGGUUAUUGGCUUAUAGAUUUUACCAAGAGGUGAUGUAUAAUCAUUUAUCUUCCGUAACCAUUGAAAAUAAUAUUUUGAUUGCAAUCUUUGGAUUCGAAAUAUUGAAUUUAUUCCCGUUAAUCUUAUUAACUAGUAUAAAAUAUGGAUUAAAUUGUUAUGAAUAUUGGAAAUUCGAUGGCUUAAUAGAUAGACAUCAAUAUAAUGAUUUGAAAAUUUUAAAAUGGUGUGAUUUCAAAUUAAAAGUAAAUUACAUUUGUGAAUUUUUAGUAAAUUUAUUAAGAUUUUCAAUGACUUGUACUUUUUCAGUCAUUUUUUUAUAUUUAUACACUUUCCCAUUACAUAUAUUACCUUCAUCCUAUUUAAGUUUAAGAGUUCUAAUCUUGAAAACAAGAUGUUUGGUGGAUUUGAAAAAAAGACAAUUCAAAUUACAAAAGUUACUUGUUCCUCCCAAUGAUUCAUUAUUAAAUCAAAAUAAGUGUAUUGUUUGUUUUGAAGAGUUUUCAACCGAUCAUGGUAAAGACGUUAGGGUUUUGAAAAAUUGUAAUCAUCUUUUCCAUUAUGGUUGUUUGAAAAAUUGGAUUGACUACUCAAGUUGUUGUCCUAUUUGCAGAAAGAAAAUUUAA